GUGUGUGUGUGUGUGUGUGUGUGUGUGUGUGUGUGUGUGUGUGUGUGUGUGUGUGUGUGUGUGUGUGUGUGUGUGUGUGUGUGUGUGUGUGUGUGUGUGUUUGUGUGUGUGUAUCGGUGUGUGUGUGUAUGGGUGUGUAUGAAUGGUGGAAAGAUGAGUGAAACAGAAGAACUUGAAGUGUUUGUUUCCGAGCGGCUACAUGCUGCUGUCGCUGAAAUAAUCGGUGUUUUUAAAAAGACACUAAAAGGUUACGAGCAGCAGGCGGCCCGUUUGAAGGAGGAAAACCAGCGCAACCGUUCGCUGUUGGAGAUUAUCCUUAAAGCUAACAUACAAGGUCGCCCCAUUAAAAGUAUCCCAGUUUCUGCCGGUCCAGCUGAAACAGAUUCAAGUACUGUCAGUAAGGUUACAAAAACCAGGCGUUCCAACAUUGACUUGUGGAGUGUCUUCUCUUCACGCGACGACUUACUAAAGCAUGCAAGUGGUGGAAACUGUUCCUACUGCUUGAAAAGUGCUCCAGCCACUAAGACGCAUUUGAUAAAAAGACAUUAUCUAAAUGCAGUCCAUUUUACUGAUAAUGGCACUGGAAAAUUUGUUAUAGCCUGUACUUGCAAAGAUUUUGUCCAACGCAGAAGUCACUGGCACUGCCCAUGUUGCACAAGGGUCAUUAGCCGGAGAACCAACUUUCAGCGGCACAUAUCUAAACAACAUGGGUAUUCAAUACUGCAGCCAAGCCAGGAUGCAGAUCUACCUAAUGUCUCCACCUUUGAGGUGGUUCCCCUGACUCCUGGAUCUUGUUGUGAGCAGGACCAACAUGCCUCUGUGCCGCUUCAAGUUCGAGAAGUGAGUCAUCCAAAGUGCCAGGACUCAGUGCAGAUCAAAGUUAAGCAAAUGCAGAAAAGUAACAGUAUACUGAGCUUUGUGGCAGAUCAUGCCUCUUUAAUUGUUAAUUCGAACAGUUUUACUCAAGAGCUCAGCAAAUCAUUGAACACUGUGAAAAGUGGCAAAGCACAAUCCCUUCCUAAUUCUUCAAAUCAACAUCUGGAAAUGCAGCCUGAUAGUGGGGAUGGUGGAAUAUUGCAGCCAGCUGGGGAAUCUCAGCCCAACAAACUCUGUUCUACUGUUAAGUCAUCCAACACCAAGAGGAAAAUGCGAGUGAAAAGAUUUUUACCUCCCUUGAGUUUAAAGAUGAAUAAGUCAACACAACUAUCUGUCAGUGAAAAUCCCAAAGUUCCUCAUACAUGUAAAGCGUGUGGAAAGACUUUCCAUUACUUGUACACGCUGAAGGCACACACGCAAAGACAUGCAGUGGAUAAAACCAAGAUUUGUGGACUCUGUGGAAAACAUUUUGAGUCUAAAGAGAGUUUUGUCAAGCACCUUCACAGCCACACAAACAGAAACAAUAAAUCCCGUCUAAAAUGGUAUGGCAGAAUUCACAGACCAAAGGGUCUAAAUGUCAAGUCUCCAGCCUAAAAGCUAAAAGUUUAGCAAAAAUAAAGUGCUGUGAACUUUGUUUUGUAUAAGUGUACUUAUGUGAAAAAUAAUUGUGUUCUAGUGCUGCGCAGAAUUCUAAUGUUUUGUGUAUAUAAUUGUUUUAACAGUUUUGUAGUCCUGAAUAAAAA